CAGCUGUGCACCGAGCAGUGCAGCAGGAACAAACUGUCUAGACUUCACAGCGGUCCGGCAAACCAACACUGACAUGCAAAAGUGAAACUGCCACACCACAAAGAGAUGACUGUUUGGUGGCAGGCUCUCAUCCUCCUUUCUUGCGUACUGAACUGUGUGGACUCUGCUCCAGCACCAGUUCUCCAGAGGACUAAAUACAAGAACUCGUUUCGUCUCACACGGUCCACCCGAACCCACGUGCAGGAGGUGCUGAGGAAAUACGAAGAGCAGCAGUUGGGGAAUAUGGAGAAUUUUGUGGGACGAAGCCGACAGUUAAAGGAUCUGCCUUCACUUUCUACAGACUUCUCUGGGUGGCUACAGCUGACGGACUGGGACCGAUUGCAUGGUGCUUUCUGGGACAUGCAAGCCUUCUGGGAUAAGCUGGAGUGGAAGAGAAAACAGCUGGAGGAGGAGAAAGAGCAGAUGGUGAUGCAGGCGACCCAAACCACUUUACCUCAGAGUAUCAAGUACAUUCAGCUGGACUUAAGGGAUCUGAUGAACCAAGUCAGCAGUCAGCUGAGACGCAUGAAGAGCUCGUGGAAAAAGCCAGUAUCUGCUACAGUGCUGCAAACUCCCUCAAACUCAGCUAGCAGCUCCAAAAAGUUAUGGGACAGCCGAGUGGAGGGUUACAUCAUUCUGAGGCAUCUAGACCUUUACCUCACCAAGCUGGCAAGAGACUUUCUUCUGCUGGCUUCGAAAACACACUCAUGACUCACUAGUGAAAAACAGACAACACACGCUUGCACAGAAACAAAAAUAAGGAAGAAAAAGCUGAAGUGACACGCAGAAUUGGAGAGAAAUGUAGAAUAACUGUUUAAUCAGUGCUUUAGUGGUGUUGUCAACACUUUCCAUGAAGGUUUUCAGUUUAGUGAGUCUGCUGUUUUUUUUACAUGUUGUAUUACUGUAUAUUUGAGGGUUUUCUUGGGUAUUUCCCAGAGUUUCUGUCUUAGCUCUGACUGUAAGUUAGAAAAAGCAGAGAAUACUUGCCAACAUCCUCUUUUUCCCCACCCACGCCCUCAAUCUACUGGACUUUCCAAAGAUAUAUGUACUAUUUAUUGAAAUAUUUAUUUAUCAUGCUAUUUGCUAUUUAUAUCAGAGUGGUUUGUUUUAGUUCUCUUGCAAUAGAGAGAUACAGUGUUUUACAGAAGACAUUUUAUAUUGACAGAUAAAUAUUGUUGUGUAUGUUUUACAAUAAAGAGAUGAAGAAUUUGGAACUGUGAA